AUGGUGAGCAUGCAACCUUGCACUCUUUGCAGGGAGGCCAGGAUCGCCGCGCGGCGCAAGCGCGUGCAGGACAAGCUCGCAGCCGUGCGCGCACAGGCCCAGGCCGCGGCCCGCAGCGCCGACGCCUCCGCUGCCACAUCCCAGCAGCAGCCAGUAGCGGCGGCGGCGCAGCAGCAGGCAGCACCGGGCGCGCAGGCCGGCCUGGGUGCGGCGUACCCCAAGGCGGCGCAGCAGGUCGCGGAGAGCCAGCGGCGCCUGCUGCGGCUGCGGCACCGCACGACACACGAGGUCACUUCGGUGCGGGUGGCUGCUGACGAGGCGGAAGCCGCACACAGGGCAGCUGAGGAGCAGCUGCGCCAGGAGCUGAGGGGGAAGCUUCUGGAUGAGGCGGAGCACAGCGCAGCAGCUAACGCACAGGUGGCGGCGGGCUGGCCGCCGCUGUUUGAUAUCCUGGUGCCUCAGAAACUCUGGGGCGCAAUGGAGGAGCAGCGCGCGGCAUGCGAGGCCAUAAUCGCCUCCAAAGACGCCCUUGUCGCGGAGCUGCGAGGUGCGCUGCGCUCCAAGGAUGAGGAGUACGUGCGGCUGCUCAAGCGCCAGGCGUCGGGCAUCGACACCCUGCUGACCUGCAUGGGCCGCCAGCUGGCGGAGGUGGGCCAGGCCUACAGCGACGAGCUGGAAGCGGUCGAGGCGGCGCUGCUGCAGGAGCGCGGGGAGCUGCUGUCCGGCAACCAAAAGGAGGGGACCGCCAUGCUGGCUGCACGGGCCCAGGCGGAGCAGGAGUUCACGGAGAAGUGGGUGGGGCUCGAGCUGCUGGCCGGGGCUUUGCUUUUCGGCCUGCGGCAAAGCUGA